AUGGAGAAGUACGGCCAGUACAGGGAUAAAGGUACUUUCCUACCCCAAACUCAAACGGCGAGGAGCUGCAUCUAAUUAUACUGACACCUCUUGCACGCAGGCUCUGGCAUUGCGCCUUUCUUUCCUAUAGCUCCGCCUCCGAGCAAUUUGGUCUUGGCUCCAUAUCACCUUGUGCGUUGGACAAACAAGCAUCACACCCAUGGAGUCGCGACGACAGGCUGACCAACAUGCUGCUCGCAGCUCCUCUUCUGCCUUCGAAUACCGCUGCUCAUCUUCGCCUGGGCGGUUUGGCUCCUAAUCAUCCAGUGGACGACAGCAGGCAGUCUCCUUCGCAAAGCCAAUCUGUGGUGCAUCCUCGGCAUUCCAGGUGUCUGGUGGAUCGAUAUUAGAGUUGACGGUGUGCAGCGAGGGUGUGCUCUCCCUGCACCUCACCAAAUCUUACCACUUGCUGAUAGAGGCAUCAGGUCCUUGGGAAAGGGAGGCUCAAUGCGACUACCAGGGCCUGGAACGAUCAUAGCAUCUUCGUAUACCUCGCCUCUGGACGUCCUCUACCUAGCCGCCAUUUUCGAUCCUAUAUUCACCCAGAGCUAUCAAGGCUCUCGCAAAGUUCGGCCGCUGUCGCUAGAGGGAGCCUUGGCUGCUUGCUUCUCCCUCACGACAUCUCCAGAGCAAACGAUUGAGCUCUCUCAGCUCGUAGCUCAGAACCCGCAAAGAGUCAUUGUGGUCUUCCCAGAAAGCACUACGAGUAAUGGCCGCGGUGUGCUUCACUUGUCGCCAUCCCUUCUGUCUGCACCAAAGUCCACGAGCAUCUAUCCAGUCUCCCUGCGCUACACGCCAGCAGACGUUGUUACUCCUAUUCCAGGCUGGAUGGAAGCUCUGAGAUUCAUCUGGAAGCUCUGCUCGCGACAGACGCACUGUAUCCGAGUGCGAGUUGGCCUUCCGAUGACCCUGGCGCAGCAACAUAAGGCAGCUGAGCAAGAAGUCGGCAGGGAAGCUUCCCGAGGUCGCGAACCUCCCAAGAAGUACGACACUAACUUUUUCGACAGCUUUCAAUCCAGUGAAAGUGACGAUGCAGAGGGACUAAAGCCAGCGGAGAGAAGAUCUUUGGAUCUGAUCGCGGAGUCACUUUCUAGACUUGGCCGGGCAAAGACGCUCGGCUUGGGCAUUGAGGAGAAGAUCGGCUUUGUCAAUGCUUGGAUGGGAAAGAGCAAGAAGCGGAGAUAG